CUUAACGAUUUCCUGCAACCCUAAUCCAUUUAAGUUUGUCGCUCGCUUCUAACCCACAGCCCUCCCACCUCUAAAACAACAGGAGACACAUACAUCAGAAGCCAUGGAAGUGGAAUCACAGCAACAGCAGCAGCAACCCCCCACCAAGAACCAAAUAAGCAAACACUUGAGAUGGUUCCUCAUGGCCCUAAACUUCACCAUCAUGGUCAUCGGUACCGCCGUCGGCCCCCUCCUCCUCCGCCUCUACUUCCUCAAAGGCGGCACCCGGAAAUGGCUCUCGAGCUGGCUCCAGACCGGCGGGUGGCCUCUUCUCUUCAUCCCCCUCGCCAUCUCCUACGCCCACCGCUGCCGCUGCGGCGGCGGGAGACCAAUCAAGCUCUACCUCAUGACACCACCUCUCUUCCUCGCCUGCACCGUCCUCGGCCUCCUCGUCGGCCUCGACGAUUUCCUCUAUGCCUAUGGGUUGUCGUACCUCCCGGUAUCGACAUCAUCGAUCCUUAUAUCGAGUCAGCUCGGCUUCACCGCUUUGUUCGCUUUUUUCAUGGUGAAGCAGAAGUUUACGUCCUUCUCCGUGAACGCUGUGGUGCUGCUGAGCAUCGGAGCGGUGAUAUUGGGUUUGCAUGCAAGCGGGGAUCGGCCCAAGGGGGAGUCGAACACGCAGUAUUAUUUGGGGUUCUUUAUGACGCUGGCUGCGGCGGUGCUGUAUGGGUUUAUUCUGCCGCUGGUGGAGCUGACCUACGCCAAGGCUAAGCAGGUCGUUAGCUAUACGUUGGUCAUCGAGAUGCAGCUGGCGAUGGGAUUCUUUGCCACGGUUUUUUGCACUGUGGGGAUGCUGGUGAACGGCGAUUUCCACAACAUCCUGGUUCACUGCAGGUUAUCCCGAGAGAAGCCCGCGAGUUUGAGCUGGGCGAGGCAACGUACUACGUGCUGCUCGUCUGGUCCGCCAUCCUCUGGCAGUUCGUCUUCUUGGGGACGGUGGGUGCCAUCUUCUACGGCUCCGCCCUGCUCGCCGGGAUCAUCAUGGCCGUCCUUGUCCCCGUUUCGCAGGUCCUCGCCGUCGUCUUCUUCCACGAGCCCUUCAGCGCAGAGAAGGGUGUGGCGCUCGCGCUGGCGCUCUGGGGCUUUGCCUCCUACUUUUACGGCGAGUUCCUCAAGAGCAAGAAAAAAAACCCAGUGGUGGACCCCGGACCUCCGGCUUCCGGGAAUAAUUAAGACCUGCUUUGUCUUUUUUUUGUCGAAUUUAAUACGUGGAUGGAUACGGAGGUCUAGUUGUGAGGUUUGUGGGGAAUAUAGAAGAUUAGAAUUAAUGCCCAGUGACAUCGUAUUGUAAUCAAAAUUUGCUUAGAUAUGUGAUGGUUUCCUUGGUUGAUGACUAAUUUGGAAGUAUGUGAAAG